AAAAUUAAAAUUAAAAUUUGUGCAGUCUUUCCAACUUUCAAAUAUAAAGCCCCACUUGACAUUUUUGAGCCCUCUACCAUUCUUGUUCCUUCCAAAACUAUUUUAUUCAUUCAAGUUCACCAGAAAAUUCACCGGAAAAGUCAGAUUCCGGCCACUGUCCCAAGAUGGGUUUGACAGAAAGAUCGAAGAAAAAGGUCCAAUUAUACAAGAAAGCAAUUGUCCAUUUCUUGUUAUGUUUUGUCAUGGGAUUUUUCACCGGCUUCGCUCCAACGGGUAAGCCAUCGUUUUUUUCUAGCCUUUCAUCGACACGAUCAGCAUUUUCGCCACAACCCAUAGAAAUUGUGAGCGGGAGCUCCAACAGAACUCUAUUGGAUGAAACUCCAGUGGCAGAGCCAACAUCAAGGUCUACUAAUAAUUCUGAUGACUCAACUAGUGAAAAAAUUCAGGAAGAAUAUAAAGAAGUUGAUGAGUUGGUUACUAGAAGACUCAUAAUUGUUGUCACACCUACUAGUAUGAAAGAUCAGACAAGAGGUGUGAAUUUGAGGCGGUUAUCGAACACGUUGAGAUUGGUUCCUCCACCAUUGUUGUGGGUUGUGGUGGAGCAACAAUGUGAGUCCGAUGAAGUGUCGGAAAUACUAAGGAAAACUGGGAUUAUGUAUAGGCAUGUGGUGUUUAAGGAGAAUUUUACUGAUGUAGAAGUUGAAAUGGAUCAUCAGAGGAACCUCGCGCUUAAUCACAUCGAACAUCACCGGUUAAGUGGGAUCGUUCAUUUUGCAGGGCUUUCCAAUGUUUAUGAUCUUAGCUUCUUUGAUGAGAUUAGAGGAAUUGAGGUGUUUGGGACAUGGCCAAUGGCAUUGGUAUCUGCAAACAGGAAUAGGGUGAUAAUUGAAGGACCUGUAUGCGAUUCUUCAGAAGUUGUAGGAUGGCAUUUGAGAAAGAUGAACAAUUUGACAGACGUAAAAUCACCUGUUCAUAUUUCGAGCUUUGCAUUCAACAGUUCAAUCCUUUGGGACCCUGAAAGAUGGGGUCGCCCUUCAUCUGUUCAAGACACCACACAGAAUACGAUUAAAUUCGUGAAGAAUGAAGUUCUUGAAGAGGAGACACAAUUGAUAGGAAUCCCGGCAGAGGGUUGCUCCAAAAUCAUGCUAUGGGAUGUUCAUAUUCCAACAGGAACUGCAACAAACACUCGUCUCCAUGUAACUUCGCCAGAUAGUAGUAAGAGAUGACAAUGUAGAAGACCAUCAAUGAAAUGGAAAAAGAUUCAAGGAAGAUACUGAAUUAGUUGAGAGAUAAGAUUUUUCCUAUGAUCAGGAGCUCAUUUUUUUAAUUCUUCUCUUGUAAUUUUAUAAUUCUCUUUUCUUUUCUUUCCCUUUCUUUUCUUUUUUUCUUCAAAUUUUGGCAAUGCUUUUGUUGAUGGGAAUAUCUUGAGGCUGGACUCAAAAACUAGGAAAAAAGAACCAUAAAUCCAGAGAAUCAACUUGUGAUCUUUCUAGUUUUAAACACAUUGCUGUCAUGCCCUUGUAUUAUAUGAAACCAAUCAGUUCAAUUUGCUGUUUAGAGAAUUUGAAGUAAA